AUGACAGGAUCAAGUACAAGCUUGAGACCGCGCAUCGUCGUCGUAGGGGUGGGUGGUGCCACAUGCUCAGGCAAGACAACGCUGGCCAAGCAUCUCCUCCAGAUCCUGAACCCAUCCCAGAAAGGCACCAGCAGCGGCAUCACGGAAGCAUUUAUCUUGCAUCAAGACGACUUUGCUCCACCAGAAGCAUCAUUGCCCGUCAAUGAGGAGUACGGUGUCACCGAUUGGGACCAUCCACCAACAGCAAUCGACUACAAACGUAUGCACCGCACCAUCGAGCACAUCAAAUCAACGGGCACUUUGCCUCCAGACUUUUCAUCUCAUGAUCACCUCAACUCCCAACCAGACUGCCCCAUCGCCGAGCAAGUCUUCUCGACCUGGAAGGACAAGUUCGCUUCACUCGCCUCAUCCAGUAGGACACCAGCAUCGGAAGGACUUCGCGUGAUGCUGGCAGACGGCUUCCUCCUGUACUACGACCCAGAAGUGCGCUCAACGAUGGACGUCAAAGUGUUCCUCCGCACACCAAGGGCGGUACUCAAGGAUAGACGAGAGCAACGCUUUGGAUACGCAACCGCUGAAGGUACAGUGUGGAAGGAUCCAGAAGAUUACUUUGACAACAUCGUUUGGCCGGCUUACGAGUUGGCACACAAGGCAGUGUUCAGCAACCAGGAUGUGGAAAAGGGAGAAACAAUCCGACCAAAGCAUGGCGAGAAAGCGAUACCUGGCGGACCAGUGGAAGGACUGCAUGUGCUGGAUGCAGAUCCGAUAGAAAUCAACAAAGCACAAGGCGAAGGACAGGACACCGGAUCUUGUUUCUCUAGAGAGAUGACGCUGCUGGUCGAUGAGACGUGUGCAGCAAUAUGGGACUAUCUAUCCAAACAGCUGUGA